CGUCCAACCCCUCUCCUAGUGCUUGUGGAUAUGCCUCUCAACGUGAUAACUGAAGUAGUCCAGCUGAAGCCUUCCAAGGCUUUCUUCGAUAACCCCUCUCUAUUCGAGACAUUGCGCGAGGCCGUUCAUGAGGGUGGAAUUAACCACCAGUCAUGGGCUCUGACUAUCGAGGAGCCCAAGAAGCUGUACUGGCUUGUCCACCAUGAAUAUGGUUUCAAGAUCGAGGACUUCAAGUGGAAUAAAGAGAAAUACGGAGACAUGCGCGAGAAACUCCUCGAGAUCGCAGAAGAAUACCCUGCAGCUGGAUGGCUCCACCUGGAGGGCGAUGUCUUUCCGGACGGUAUCACCACAGCGCCCAUUACCGACGUGGCAAUCAUACAGAUGAAGGAGGGUUUCGAUGAGGCGAAGUGGGCAGAGGUGAUAAACUUCGCGAUGGACGAUGUUCGUACGGCGAAGGGGUUCCACAAUGGUUGCUGGGCUGUGAGCAAAGGUGGUCAGACGUACGUGGUAGCUGGGUGGGACUCUGUGGAGGAUCAUGAGGCCUAUCUGAAGAGCGAAACGUCCCAGAAAGUGAACGAGAAAGUUAUCCCUUUCGUCACCGCCGGAGGGGGAACAAUCCACGGGAAGUUUGUAGACAUUGUUCAUGACAAGGCAUAGGGAUGUUUAUAAUCGUGUAUGAUCAAUCAGGCUCGCAGCUUGCUCGCAGCAGUGGAUGGCGAGGAAGAGUUGAAAUUGAUGUAUGAUGACAGUAGCGGAGAAAGUUGCGGAGGCCUGUGCCACACCGCCAACUGUGGCAAAGUCACUGUAUAUUGAAGACGUGUUCAAAUAAUUUCGAAUAUUGUGAGGUUAUCCUCCAA